AUGGGCAAUGGUGGCACCUGGUUCAAGCGAUGCUCCAUGUCCCAUGCCCAGCUGUGCUCCAAGCACGCCAACCCACGCCAACACCCUGGCCGGGCCUGCCCUCAUCUCGGCCAGAAGGGCUCGCCCAGAUUCCGGCUCGACUCCGAGGUCCCCACGUACGUACGGUUCCAAGAAGUGCUGGCCAGCCCUCCAAACUUCCAACUCGUAGUCUCGGUCUCAGGUCAAUGGCCGCUGCCGAAGCUCCGUCGGCGCGCUAAGACAACUACGAACUGGGGGCGCGCCGCCGGCGUUUCCAAGCUUGCCUCUUCAGAGCCUAGCUCUGGGAUCCAGCACUAA